AACGGAACCCGUGCCGUGGAAUCACAGGACCCAAUGGAAAAAUGGUGGUUACUGGGAACGAUCAUUGUGAUAACACAGAAGUAGAUGUCAAAGAAGGCAUGGAUAACAAUCAAUCUAAUGGUGAACUGGUUCCAAUAACUGAACAGAACAGUGACGAGGGAAAUGCAAACACAGAGAAUGACGAGCGAAACAGGAAGCCGUCGCGAUUUGAGUCAUUCUACGCUAUAACAAAAUCAUUAAUUAUCCGAGCACUCAUAAUUUAUUUUAUUAGUAGCUUCUUCAGACGUUCUGAUAAUAAUCCCAAGUCUCCCAAUGCCACUGGCGAUACUCGCUUGCAAGCUGUAAAUAUAUUUCCAAAUGGAACAUUAUUUGAUCUUAGUGUAUAUCUGUCGGAGUCUGAGAACUUUAAACAGUUCGACGACCCACGAUCGCUAAUUUGGUUCGAAAAAGGAAUGGUUUAUGGGGAUUGGUAUAGUGGACCGGAUCAAGAUGGAUCCAGAGUCCUUGAGUACUCGUUCGUUCCUUCGGAACGCUUGAAACAAAAUGGCUCUAUUUAUCUUCACGUAUAUGUAACGAAAAAUAAAAAGUCGCCGAAUCCCAAAGCUGGUAAAGGUGUUUACGAUGGCGACUAUGUAGCUUAUUCGAGGAAAAUGUUAAAUAAGUUUAAAAAGAUUAAGUAUCAGAAGAGGCACAAUUUAUUAACUGGUGAGAGUACAGCUAGCAAAGAAGAGAUAGCGAAAGCUGAGUUAAUGGAUCAAGAAUACGUAUCGCACUGGCAUCCGAAUUUAACCAUUAAUUUAGUGGUUGAUCAAACCAAUUGGGUAUACGGUCAAGUACCACAGCCAUUGGACGAGUAUAUACAUUUCUUACCUGGUGGAAAUAUGUACAAGCCAAUAAUAUACACGAAUGAUUUUUGGAAUAUGCAACGGGAUUAUCAACCAUUAAACGAUACAGUGGAGCAGUUAGAACUCAGAUUGACUUACCAGCCACUUUCGUUAUUUAAAUGGCAAAUUUAUGCAGCUCAGUCCGUUAGAAAUAAAUGGACGUCAUCGUUCAUGGGGGAGACAUCCGACGAGGACGAUAACGAUCAAGAUACCCUAAAGGAAACUUUACUCGAGACAAAUCCAUAUCUGUUAGGGUUGACUAUAAUUGUGUCGAUUUUCCACAGUGUGUUUGAAUUUUUAGCAUUUAAAAAUGAUAUUCAAUUCUGGAACAACCGGAAAUCUUUGGAAGGUCUUUCCGUUCGUUCUGUAUUCUUUAAUGUAUUCCAAUCUCUCAUAGUUUUACUUUACGUUUUGGAUAACGAGACGAAUACGGUAGUGCGCAUUAGUUGCGCGAUAGGUCUGUGCAUCGAAGUGUGGAAGAUUAACAAAGUUAUAGACAUUAACGUCAAUAGAGAAGUACGAGUAUUCGGGAUCUUUCCAAAAAUAUCAUUCCAAGAUAAGGGGUCGUACGUGGAAUCUUCCACGAAGGAAUACGACAGACUCGCCUUCAAGUAUCUCUCGUGGGCUCUGUAUCCUCUGUUAGCGGGAUACGCGAUUUAUUCUUUGAUGUACUUGGAGCAUAAGGGAUGGUACUCUUGGAUUCUCAGUAUGUUAUACGGAUUCUUGUUGACCUUUGGAUUCAUCAUGAUGACGCCACAGCUGUUUAUUAAUUACAAGUUGAAGAGUGUCGCGCAUCUUCCAUGGCGUAUGCUGUCUUAUAAAUUCCUGAACACGUUCAUCGACGAUAUUUUUGCAUUUGUGAUAAAGAUGCCGACCCUGUACAGGAUCGGCUGCUUCCGCGACGAUAUUGUUUUCUUUAUAUUUUUGUACCAAAGAUGGAUAUACAAGACCGAUCACAGCAGAGUGAACGAAUUUGGCUUCUCCGGCGAGAUGGAGGCACAACUGGUGGAAAGUAAGAAGCAAGUCGCUACGAAAGAUCGCCCGAAGAACGAGCUAGAAAAAAAGAAUGAAUAAUACUUGAUGGCAUAUAGGUUUAGCAUCAAGUAUCUUAUCUUACAUUGUCCCGAAUUAAUAAAUUGCCCCAUACCAAAGGAAUAUAAUUACACACAUUUACGUUUAUUUAUAUAAGUUUCUCCAUAAUCCAUGUGUGUACAAGUAUAUUCUAUUGCAGUAUUCCUGUGUCCGUGUGCUGCGAGUAUACUACGCAUUGCAAAAUGAUACGUAAAGUUUUUUAAAAAAAGGCUUCGGUUCUUCUUUUGUACCCAGAUUUAUAUAGUUUAUGUACGUGAAACCAGGACGCCACACGCACAUGUAAAAAGUAUAAUCGGAAAUUCUGUUCGUUACCCUACAUUCUUAUGGAUAAACUCGUGCAAAUUGUAUACGUAAGUAGUAUGCUCGGUAGCAUACGUGUAAAUGUGUUAUUAACUGCGAAAUCAACAUUCGUCAUGUACCGCGAUGAGAGAGAAGCGUUGUUGCGUUGAUUUUAAUAUUUAGCCAAGUAUAAAAAGCAUCCCAAUACAAACAUCGACAAUUUCAAAUACAAUGUUAGUAAGUACUCAAUACCGGGCAAGGUGUUACUAUGAAAUAAAAUUAAUUUAAUUAUCAUACAA